UGGCGCUUCCCUUUCUCCCGUUUCCUCUCUCCACCCCCAGCUCCGCGCCGGGGAGGCGGCAGCGCUGCAGCCCCGCGCGGCUCCUUCUCCGCCUCCGCACGGACACCUGCGGGGGGAGGGAUGCCGGGCAGCCGCCUCCCCCGUCGGCGGGAGCGCGGGCCGGGCUGCGAGCCGCCCCGCCGAGGAGGAGAAGAGGAGGAGGAAGGAGCGGGAAGGACGCGGAGAAGUUGUGGCUCGCCCGCCCCGCCGAGGGCUGCCGCCAUGGGCUCAGGGGGGGCUCCGGCUGCCCCCUCGCUGCUGCUCUCGCUGCUGCUCGGAGCCUCGGCCCCGCUCUGGCUGCGGGCGGAGACGCUGGGAGAUGGAUGUGGGCACAUGGUGAUGUACCAAGACAGCGGGACUCUGGCAUCCAAGAAUUAUCCUGGGACAUACCCAAACUUCACACUUUGUGAAAAGAAAAUCCAAGUGCCUCAGGGAAAACGCUUGAUCUUAAAAAUUGGAGACCUGGAUAUUGAAUCACAGAAAUGCGAAUCCAGCUACCUUACCAUCCACAGCUCUUCAACAGUACAUGGGCCAUACUGUGGUAAUGUGAUGCCUGUCCCCAAAGAAAUCAUUUUGGAUAGCAAUGAAGCAACUAUUCACUUUGAAAGUGGAUCCCACGUGUCAGGACGAGGCUUUCUGUUAUCCUAUGCCAGCAGUGAUCAUCCAGAUCUUAUAACGUGUUUGGAACGAGCAAACCACUACACAAAGACUGAAUACAGCAGAUAUUGUCCUGCUGGCUGCAGAGACAUAGCAGGUGACAUUUCUGGGAAUAUCGGAGAAGGAUACAGAGAUACCUCACUGCUGUGCAAGUCGGCGAUACAUGCAGGCAUUAUCGCGGAUGAGCUCGGCGGGCAGAUCAGUGUCACCCAGAAGAAGGGCAUCAGCCGCUAUGAAGGUGUGGUUGCCAAUGGCAUCCCCUCGCAUGAUGGUUCCCUGUCAGAUAAGCGGUUUAUAUUUACAUCAAAUGGCUGCAAUAAAUCUCUCAGUCUGGAAGAGGGAUUCCUCUCCAAGAGCCAGGUUACUGCAUCUUCCCACUGGGAGGAGACCAACGAAUUUGGGCAACUAUUCCAGUGGUCCCCUGACAAGGCUUGGCUUCAAGUCCCAGGAUUGGCUUGGGCCUCUAACCACAGCAGCAAUCGUGAAUGGCUGGAGAUAGACUUAGGAGAGAAGAAGAGAAUAACAGGGAUUAAGACCAGUGGUUCUGGAUCCAUUAUGCUGAAUUUCAACUUUUACGUAAAGACAUUUACAAUGAACUACAAAAAUAACAACUCAAAAUGGAGAACGUACAAAGGGAUUCUGAGCAAUGAAGAAAAGGUAUUCCAGGGCAACUCCAACUCUGGGGACAUAGUGCGCAAUAACUUCAUCCCUCCGAUAGUGGCCCGUUAUGUGCGAAUCAUCCCUCAGACUUGGAACCAAAGAAUAGCAUUGAAGCUUGAGCUGAUGGGUUGUCGAAUAACGCAAGUUAAUAGUUCAUUUACGCAUUCAAUGUGGCAGAAACCAAGUCAGAGCACAGAAACCUCUCUUGGAAAAGAAGAUAGGACUGUUACAGAGCCCAUCCCGUCGGAAGAAACUAACUUGGGCUUAAAGCUUACAGCUAUAAUUGCCCCCAUCCUCAUUGUGCUCUGUCUGUUCCUGUUCUCUGGCAUUUGCAUCUGUGCAGCCCUACGCAAGCGAGAAGCCAAAGGUCUUUCUUAUGGAUUAUCCAGUGCUCAGAAAUCAGGUUGUUGGAAACAAAUCAAGCAGCCCUUCACUAGACAUCAGUCAACUGAAUUUACCAUCAGCUAUAAUAAUGAGAAGGAGACACCACAGAAACUAGAUCUGGUCACCAGUGACAUGGCAGACUAUCAGCAGCCUCUCAUGAUUGGGACUGGAAUGGUAACACGGAAAGGAUCUACUUUUAGACCCAUGGACACUGAAGAUGAGGGAAGAAGGGGGAGUUCCGAGUUUGAAAACCACUAUCACUGCCCACACAGAGCUAACCGGCAUGAAUACGCUCUGCCCCUGACCAGCCAAGAGCCCGAAUACGCCACCCCUAUCAUAGAGCGGCACAUAGCAAGAGAAAAUAAUUUCCCCUCUGAAAAUGGCUACAACGUACCUGUUGUGUCAUCCCAGAAACAAUCCCUUUCUGCUGGCAGCUUCUCUAGUUCGUGUAAGACUGAUACCAGGAAUGGAGACUAUCAGACACCCCAGAGUGUUGUAAACUACGACAAACCCAAAAUUAACAGUGUUCUGACCUCCGUGAGCUACAGCACGGACUACCAGAAACCCCAGCCCAGUGCCCUCGGGAGCGAGGGUUACUCAACGCCCAGAGACUGCCUAAAACCAAUAAGCCAGACAGCAAUGACAGCUCUCUUGUGAUCUGCUGAGUAGGAGAGACGUGGUGCACAGGAACGUCACUGCACAGCUUUCUGAAGCGAAAACAGAGUUUGGAGGGACUCCGCUGCGGGAGGCAGAAGGCAAACAAACCCUGUGUACAUAAUAUUGCAGUCUUGCUGGGUUCUGACAUCUGAAGAAAGCAUAUGCUGUUUAUCACUGUUUAUAGCAAGAGAGAUGUUAUCAGUGAAGACUGUACAUCUUAUUUUCUGUAACUGAUCUCAGUGCUCCAUUUGCAAUGUGUGCAAUUUGUACAUAGCUUUUAUUUAAGGAGAAUUUCUUAAGUUUCCUUUACACCUGGGGAAUGAAAGGAUUGCAGAUAUGCCCGUUUAAGAAAAACAGGCCUCCUUCUCUGUACUUUACCUGCUGUUGUACUUUACCAGCUGUAAAAGAUGUAUCUUAUGGUUGCGGUGAUUCAUCUCUUUUCCUGUGAUAGCUGAAGAUAGGGCAUCACUGUAGUGCUCACUGGGAAGGUAGAAGAAGUAAAACUACUUGAAGCAUAGCAGGCACAGGAAAAAGUAGCUGAGCAUUUAAAUACUAUGCUCAAACCCACCUUCCUGGCUGCUUUUUUAGCAGCAAUUCUUACAUGCUUGAAUUUUAUCUAGUGUAUGAGCCGAGCCUGUCUAACUUGCUGUUCAUGUUGACAACAAGCAUAAAGGCUGAAACCAGUUUUGGGUUCAAGCCAUGGUCAUCACUCUGCCACAGAAAAACCAAAAACAAGAAACAAACCCAAUACCAGUCAUUCUGGCUUGUUGGGUUUUUUUUCAGGAAAAGUUUGUGGAAAUAAAAUGUGAAUUUACAGCUGAGAAUUAAAUCUCAUUCAAGCCCUAGCUUAUACUUUUGCUGCUAAAUUGUAUGGAAAUUUGUUCUUUGGCACAAAGCAGCAAACUUCCUGAACUCUUCAAUACUUUACUAGGUAUUUCUCUGUCUUACAAAUUUAGUGUAACAUUUCUAUUUGGAGCGCUCCAACUAAGUAAAUCACAGUGUGUAUGACUUACUGUUGCAGUUAAAUUUGCAAGACAGCAGAUGAGCACAGUUGUUUUCAAAUAGUUUUUCUUUUGCAGCAGAUGUUAUCUUUAUUUCUGUUUUUAGACAAACUUGAAAAAGCGUGGGGAUGGGUGCAAUGUGUUGCACAGUGGCUGGUUCCUCUUUCAGCAGAGGCAUCAUCGAAGCAAACCAGUUUCUUGUAACGACUGGGACCAUUCACUGCCCCUCUACCUGCAGAACUUGGAGCCUUAUCUUGAAUUCAAAAGCUUCAAGAAGUUAUAUACUUCUGGGGAGGAAGAAUGGUGCUAUAUUUAAGGCACACGGUUGGGAAACGAGACCAGUAAAACUUGAGCUCUGGGGAAGUCACUAUCUGAAGACCCUGUUUCCCCACAUGUCAACUGGGGAUAAUUUGGAAAGGGUGCAACAAAGAUUCAUGGUUUCUUUGCAAAGAGCUUUCAGAUCCUUGGAUGAGAAAUGCUGUCAGAGCACAGACUAGUUGCAGUGAUAUGACUCAAAUACUGCUAACUGCAGCCAUACACGACCUUAAGGUCAAGGUCUUGGUGAGUUCUUUGCAAAUACUUGUUUUGAGGCCUUGGAGGUGCCAUUCCUUCAUGCUGCCACACCAUGCACGUGAUCCCUGGGCAAAGAAAGAGUCAAGGUAACCUCGUCACCUUCCUGUGUUUGCUGUCAAUACAGUUUCUGUGAAAUGUCUAAAACACCUCAGGUCCUGAAGCGAAACAGCAGCAGCCUGUUUGUUAGACCGAGCUGGGCGGUGUUGUUUACCUUCUGUUGUUUACAUGUCUGUGUAAAUAAAGAACACUGGUAUUUGUAAAUCAGUCACACAGGGCUGCUAUUUAACUCUGUGACUUGAUCAUCGCUGCACGCCCACUCUUGUCACAUAUCCCACAGGGUGAGAAAAAAGCGUUCCUUAUGCACUGCAAAAGUGCCAGUUGCGCUGCUGCAAUUUGCAGUCCCAGUGUGACAGGCUAAAAAAAGAUUCUCUCAGUGCCCCAUUUAGCCCAGCUUUUCUGUCCAUAAGCUCUAGAGAAGAAGCACUAAGGAACAAACUUCUGUACCCAAACCUGCUGCUGGAUGCGUAUAAUUGAGGAAAGGAUGAAGAUGCCUUUCUGAUGAGCCUGAAACUAAUACUCCACCCACACAGCUAAUUAGCCUGACUUGUCAUUUUACAAACAAGCAGAGUUCAGUAAUCAGAGCUACACCCCACCUUAUGAGGCACCAAGAUACUGCAGCAGUGCAAAGGACCAGGCAGCAGAUGACAUGGCUCGUAUUAUAAUAAUCUUUUCACAUACCUCUGCCACAUGCUUUGCGCAUCUGCAGCAUGCUACAAGUGUCAGAAUGUUCUUGGUAGCACAUGCCCCUUUCUGCAGCCAUUA